GACGUAGUUUAGCAAACAUGUCCAAAUAUAGGUCAGACGUCACUUCCUGCAGAUGACCCACUUGAUUUAUUCACAAAACCCUUAAUUUUCUUUGUCCGUAAAUAUUUUAUCUGACAGAAUAUUUCAAUCGUAAACUGUGAAGUAAACACCAGCUGCCAGCAUGUCAGACGAUAUGAACAGUGGGGAGUCUGACCAUGAUUCAGACACAGACCUCUCAGACCACAUGGAUGAGGACGACGAUUACUGUGGUUACUAUGACAAUGAUACCAACGACCUUGACAUUGAUAAACCCAAGAAGACAGACGACCCCGAGUAUUUUGAAUUUGAACUGUUGCAGUUGGAAGAUGUGGAGCGGUUCUUAAAUGAAGAAGUGGAGGUGCUAUGUAGUUCACAAAAGAUUAAACCAUCGUUAGCCAAAAUGUUGCUUCAUGCACACAAUUGGAAGAAAGAAUUUGUGAUUGAAUGCCAUUCCAAAAAUCCUUCUAAGUUGCUGGUAGAUUCAAAGGUUAUACCCAAAACCAAGAACCAGCAGCUGCUAGCUGGCCCGUCAGCCGUGUGUGGGGUGUGUCUGAGCCAGGUGGCGCGCACUGACCUCUACGACCUCUCCUGCGGUCACAUGUUCUGUGGGGAAUGCUGGGACUCGUACUGCCAGGUCCAGAUACAGCAGGGGACCACGCUUGGUAUUGCAUGUAUGGCCAACGACUGCGAUGUGAUGAUGCCUGAAGAUUUCCUCUACAGCAUUCUCAGUAAACCUGACCUCCGCAACAGAUACUCACAGUUAUCUUUCCUUGAAUAUGUCAAGAGCCAUCCUGCCCUGAGGUUCUGUCCAGGACCAAACUGUCCCAUCAUCGUGAAGGCCAAGGACUGCCGUGCUAAGAAAGUCCUGUGUUCAACCUGCCACACAAUGUUCUGUUUCAAGUGUGGCCUAGAGUACCACGCUCCUACUGACUGUGAUGUCAUCAAAAAGUGGCUGACAAAGUGUGCCGAUGAUUCAGAAACAGCAAACUACAUUAGUGCAAACACUAAAGAUUGUCCUAAAUGCCAUGUGUGUAUAGAAAAAAACGGAGGAUGUAAUCAUAUGCAAUGCUCCAAGUGCAAGUACGACUUCUGUUGGAUGUGUCUGGGAGACUGGAAGGCCCACGGCAGCGAAUACUACGAGUGCAGUCGCUAUAAGGAGAACCCAAACAUUGCUAAUGAAUCCGUCCAUGCUCAAGCCAGAGAAGCUCUCAAGAAAUACCUCUUCUAUUUUGAACGGUGGGAGAACCAUGCAAAGAGUUUGAAGCUGGAAGAGCAGACCCUGGACAAGAUCAAGUCACGUAUACAGGAGAAGGUGAUGAACAGCACUGGCACCUGGAUAGACUGGCAGUAUCUACUGGACGCAGCACACCUCCUAAAGAAGUGCCGCUACACUCUCCAGUACACCUACCCUUAUGCCUACUAUAUGGAGAAAUGUGCGAGAAAACAACUGUUUGAGUACCAGCAGGCCCAGCUGGAGGCCGAGGUGGAGAAUCUCUCCUGGAAGGUGGAGCGGGCUGAGAUCACACAUAGAGGGGACCUGGAAAAUCAGAUGGACAUUGCUGAGAAGAGAAGACUCACUCUGCUGAAGGAUUUCCUUGAUAUUUGACAUUCUCCACAAUCUUCAUGACACUUUCCUAUGAGCCAAGUUUAACACUCUUCAACAAACCUUGACAUUUGAUACUCUUCAACAAGCCUUGACAUUUGACACUCUUCCACAUGAAACUACCCUUGGAUCCACAUGAAUGUUUCACCCUUCAGCAUUCACUCCCAGAAGGUCUCGAUUCCAUGACCAUGUCCACAAAAAGACUUAGGGAAACAUUCAUUAUUGUUUGGUAAAUGGAUUAUGAGGUUGCCAUGGUGUAAUUGAUAUGAUGUCCCACAAGCACCUUUGAGGUCACUGGUUCGAUCCCCACUGUGGGAGGGUUCUUUAGAUCUCUCCCAAACACACCAAGUACUGGUUCUAAGCCCAGGAAACAGACUCAAGAGCCUUUCAAAUAAGUAUUUAGUACUUUAAAUGCAAUCAAGCUUCAAAAAAUAGGUGUAAAAACGUUUAGUAAAAGGAAUUUUUAGGGGAUUAUUCAUCAAGGAAAGUAAGGGAAUUUAGGUGAUUUUUCCUUAAGUUGGGGAAAACUCACUUAUACUUAAAUGGUAAUUGAGACAUUGAAUGAGAAUGAAGUGAAAUUAAUUUUGCUGCAACAAUGCCUAUAUACAAAAAAACAGUUUUGCCCUUUAAAAAUGUAGUUUGAUUUUGGACCAGUUCCCUACUAGUAAUGCUUACCAAAAUGGUAAACUCAUUCUAUAUUUAACUUAAAAAGGGCAACUCAUACUUCAUGUUUGAAGGAUUUUUUAUAUAAACAGUUAGUACUGUAGUUUUGAUGGCUAUUGGCCAAAAAGUCUAGCUGUGCUCAUUUUGUGAACAUAACACAUACCAAAGAUUGUAUUCUGACCAUGUGCUUCUCACUUCAUUUUUCGGAUGACUUGUUCAAACAGUGCUGUCAAAUGUUAUAGUCCUUAAGUGCUCAUAUUUGAUGUUUGUCAUGCAAAAAUGGGUCUUAUGUCAUAUUUGGCUAGAGUAGCUCCAGCCUAGCCUGUAAACUUCAGUCUCAGAAUUUAUCAUUGUUUUAUUGGCCAUUCAGGUAUUUUCUUCAAAUGUGUGUGUGAAAUAUCAUGUAUCAUAUUUAUGUUACGUAUUUGUGCAAUCACUUUAUUGACAAUUGUUUGUAUCGUGUGUUUUAAGUUUUUUGUAUUUGUAUAUAGACAUCUUAUUUAUUGCUACAAAUUGUUAAUGAUUUGACGCAUGUGAUGACUUUCAAAUUGAAUCACGCUUUGGGAAAACCGGCUUUAUGCAUGUGCGUGAAGUGUCGUCUCAGACUAAUCAGGGACGACACUUCCUGCCUUAACUGGAUUUUCUUUAAGAAGAGAUCUGCAAAUGUACAAUUCCAUGAAAGCAGAAAUUGUUGUCGCUGAUUAGCCUGUGGGUUGUGGACUGCAUAGGCUAAUCUGGGACAACACUUUAUGCACAUAUUUUUAGCCCCUUUUUCCCAUAGCGAUUCUAUUUUUGUCUGUCCCUUUUUACCCCUUCCUUUGUGUGAAUGAUGAAAUCAUUAAUGAUUUUAACAUUUAACCCGGUUUCUUUAAAGGUCAGAUCAUCUGAAUAAUUCUGUAAUUAUAUUUGUUUUUUUGUAUGCAGUCAAUAGUUCACGAUUUCAGAGUCACUAGAUUUUUGAGGAAGUUUAAACAUACAUGUAAUGAUGUUGAUGUGUUUUAAAUACUGGAAAGUAUGAAAGUGUAUUGUUAGGCAUAAUUUUUCUGUAUUCAUCUCGUAAAUGUUUUCAAAAAUGAUUUUAUCAGCAUCUGAUGCCACUACUGUGAAGUAUGUUAGUUUUUGACACUGAAAUACUUAACACAAUCAAUUAAAUUUAACAAAGAGGCUUAUUUUUUGUAAAAUAAAUAAAUGUAAUUUUACUCUUUUUUUGUAUUUGUACUCUCACCAGUGAAUGUUGUUAUUUAGUGUUAGUUUAUAUGUUUAUGUGGAUUUAUAUGAUUGUUGAGGAUAUAAACAAGUACAAUAAACAACAAUGAAAACAUUAUGCCACUGAAGAUACAAUAAGAAAGAAAAAUAUUUAAGCACCUAGCAAUUGAGUGUAUUGAAAAAGUCCAUACUAAAGAAAAUGUAUCUGUUUUAUAAUUUGGACCAUUCAACAAAUGUUUUUCCUUUAUAACCAGUGGUUGUCUUAAUUUGAAUCAGUAACAUCAAUUAAAUAGUUGUAAUUGUAUUAACAAACAAAAAACUACAAAAAAAAAUAAUUGUUUUGAAAACAAAUAAUUGGAAAACGCUAUUGUGAGUAUUUACGAUCAUAUUUGAAGACCUUGUAUUACAAAUCACUAUAUACUAGUCUCAUAAUCAAAGAUUACAGAUCAGUUAAAACAGGUGCUAUUUUAUAUGAGCAAAGUUAUGCAAAAAUUGGUCUAAUGCCAGUACAUGUGGCAGGUGUAGCUACAGACCAGUCUGCACAAUUGCUCAGUCUUGUCAGGACCUACCUUAUCAGCUUAUACUGUGAGUUUGACUAAAUCGUGCGUGACUUUAUAGUAGACAGCGUAUCUCCUGUCCAGACCCUAUUUUCUGACCAGACUGUAUCUGCUAACCAGACGUCUUCAAUUGGGCAGGCUGGUCUGGAGCCAUGCUUGCUGCAAUGGCAUAACAACCAUUUUUACAUGAGGUGGCUCAUGUACUUUAAGCAAUAGUUUUCCAUUAAAUAUGAAAAAUGUAUUGCUCUGUUUGAUUUCAUUUAAAACAUGAAUAAUGUGCAUUUAUAUGUAACUUGCAUGUGCAACCUGUAUACAUCAGGUGGAUUAUUAUAUGUGCUCUUGAAAAGUGAGGUUUAGUAGAUGGAUGUUUAUGUGUCUGUACACAUGUUUGAAAAAAAGGACUGUGCUCUAUGAAAAGGGGAUUUAAUGCAUGUGACAAAAGUGUCGUCCCAGAUUAGCCUGUACUGGCGGCAAAGGCUAAUCAGGGACGACACUUUCUGCUUUUAUGAUAUUUUUCAUUCCAAGAAAGCCUCUUAGCAGAAAUCUUGUUUAGGCAGAAAGUGUCGUCCCUGUUAAGGGACGACACUUUACGCACAUGUAUUAAACCCCAUUUUCACAGAGCAGAUUAUAUGUCAAUGUGAGAAUGAACGUUUUUGCAAAUAUCUUAUCAGUAUUGUCAACCUAUCUGUGUGUUAAAAACAAAUGUGUGUACUUCUUCAUUAAAAUUUUUAUUUAUAAAAAAGUCAAUGAUUAUGUUAAAUAAAACGUAAACUAUG